CUAGGCUUGGGAGGACCCCAUACGUAGUCAGUCCAGACUGUGUGGCUGGAUCAGAUCUCUCUGAUCUUUUUUUUUUUUUUGAUGACUGCUCUCCAGUCCAAAUGAAUUGCCGCUCCGGCUAGGAGUUCUACCUUCUCUUCUGAAUGAUUUCAAGCUGUUUCUUUCAUUGGGUUCAUUAAUGUCUGCGUCUACACGGUCACAAACGAGAGAGAGAGAGAGAAGAGAGAAGUUAUUGAGUGAUGCUCUUGAGGGAGUGAGGAAAGGGAAGAGGAGUGUUCGUCACAAAGAUGAGAGGAAGUACGGACCCCUCUUGAGAGUCUUACUGACACCCUCAUCCUCCAUCAUGGCAUCUUCAGCAGAUUGGAAACUGCAGAUGGACGCUGCCCCUGAGGCAGAAAAACCGCAAUAUCAGUUCUUUUACGAGAAAGCCUUGAAGAGAGAGGAGGAAGAGAAAGAGAGAGAGAGAAGGGAUAAGGUGCAGGUUCACGAGGUCGUCCUUUGCACCGUGUCCGCUCUGACUGAUGAGGAGGUAGAAGAGAAAACGGUUCCCCUCCUCACAGCCUUAGCAGGGGUCCAGGUUGCUGAGGAUCAUACUGACCAACUCGCACAAGUGUUUAAGCAGCUCAAGGAGUUGCGCGAAGACAUGGCCAAAAUGGUGCAGCAACACCGCGAUCAGCUGCAACAAUUUGCUAGUUCGCAGCAGGCUCAGAUCGUCUCUCCACUCACCUACCCUGCUUCCAAUGCUGCGUGUCAGUCCAGUUUUGCCCCUCUGACUAUGUCCACUUCUUCUCCGUCUACUUCUUCUUCUUUUUUGAGUGUGGUUAACAGCCAAAGCGGAUCUGCAGCAAGUCCAGACCCCGUUGCUGCUGCUGCUGUUGUUGCAGCAGCAAGUGGUAGUGCAGGGAAUUCUGGAACUGUCCCGAGUCCAGACCCAACAAUGGCUGGGCCAAGCGGCAACUUUGCUUACAUCGAUAGGAAGGCGGCGCAGAUUCCGUCCAAGUAUGACGGAAAGGACGAUAUCGAGUCUUGGAUCAGCUCCAUGCGAUCCUACUUUGAUGUGUUGGGGACACCCCCGUCCACUGAGUCGUCUAUCCUAGGGACUAAUGUGGAGCCCGUCUUGAGGGGUUUUCUGGAAACCCAAGCUGUCCAAUCAGGCUAUAAGAGAAUAGACCUGAACAAAUGGCUGAAGGCUACGCCUAAUACCGCACUUGAGGAUCUCUUGAUCAGACAAUAUGCUGAUCCACAUGCUGCAGCUAAAGCAAGACUCAAGCUUGACAAGCUCAAGCACAGUAAGUGGACCGGCACCAUGCACAGCCUGCAACAGUAUGUUAGUAAACUCUUCGCUACUCCGGAUCUGGAGAUGACUGCGCAGUCUUGUUUGGAUGUGAUAAAAGGUACGGUCCCCUCUACUCUAAAAGAUCGCCUAGGGCUCGGACUUAGCGCAUAUACAAAUUGGCUUACCCUCAUGCGGGACUUAGUCAAGCUGGAGGCACAAGACCUCCCGGGUGGAUCAAGUGGCAAAAAGGCCACUAGCCGCAAACGGUUUCCAGGCAGCAACAGUUUUGCAUCACACGAUCUGCUUGAGGCUGACGAGGAGACCCUCGUGGAUGAAUCUUCUCUUGAUGACGAUCAAGAGCAAGACUGCGGGGCAUCUUGCUCUUUGUCAGCCCAUGAGUCUGAGUAUGUAAAUGACGAAGAAUCUAUGAAUGUCUUUAAAAAGAUUGCCUUUAAAAUGCUGCAACAAGAUGACGGCGACGACCUACGUCCGCUAGAAUUUUACAGCAAACGUAUGCCCAGUCACAAGGUAGCUGCCUCCACGUACAUGCGAGAACUCUAUGUCUUGAGAGAGACACUAGACCACUGGAAGCACUACCUCUUGGGUUGUCAUUUCAAAGUGUUCUCAGACCAUGAGACCUUGAAAUGGGUUCAGACACAGAACAAUCCCUCAACUACACUGACCCGCUGGCUGCAUGAAAUUGUUGUGUAUGACUUUGAGAUUAAGCACAAGAAAGGUUGUUACAAUCGCGUUGCGGAUGCUUUGUCGCGCCACCCGGAGUACAUGACUUGCCUUGUGGGUUCCUACGACCUGCGUAAAAAUUUGAAGGAGGAACUCAUCGAGCAUACUGCCAAGGAUCCGGAACUCAGUCCCAUCCUUGAGCAGAUUCGGGCUGACCCUAGCAGUCAGCCUCAUUUCCAUAAAUGUAAGGUCCUUCUCUUCCGACGCUACGGGAAGCAUGACCGAUUGUGUGUGCCCAACCAUGAACCGAUCAUGACUCACUUCUUGGAUCUGGCUCAUGGUCGGAGUGGACACUUCGGUGUUGAGAAGACAUACGGGAAUUUAUUGGAAAAGUUUGUGUGGCCUGGAAUGAAAAGAAUGGCACAAAGAUUGAUAAGUGCAGAUUGGAAAGAUUUCACCUUCCAAACCUACGACAUGAAACUCAAGAUGACGUCUGGUCGACAUCCCGAAGCCAAUGGACUGGCCGAGCAGAUCAACCAGACCGUGAUCCAACUUCUCAGGGCUCUAAUCAUACCUGAUCAGAACUCUUGGGAUGAGGAGUUGCCGAUUGUGCAGGGGUUGUACAACAACUCCAUCCACUCCUCCACCGUGAUGACGCCUAACCGGCUGCAUCUUGGAUGGAAAAUCCGCAAUCCUCUAUCUUAUUUGUUCCCUGAACAGCCACCUGGCCUAACACCUGGCCAGCCAGGCUACAGCGCUAAGUUUGAUCGCCUGCUCAAAGUUGCUGUUGCAGCUAUGGAAAGGCGACACAGUGCCAUGAUUAAACAUGCCAACAAAAAGCGCCAGCCUGCACCUUUCACCGUGGGAAGUUAUGUCUGGGUCAAAAUGUCUGAGUUUUCUGAAGAAGAAGGUGUAUCACGAAAGCUUCUUCCUCAGUACUACGGUCCAUGGAAGGUCUUGAACCAGGUGGUUACAAGUGUAAACCAACCGGGUCACGAGUUUGGAGAGAAACUCCUUGUGUUGCUCUUCCGAUGUUGCGUCGUCGUGGCCCUCAGAUGGUUCAAAGUGCCAAAACUUGAGCCUGUCGAUACUGGCGGCUUCGUGCCGCUGCAGCAGAUCUCGGGCCUGCUUACGGCGGGCCUGAGCAUCUGCGUCAGUUGCGGCUUGAAGCCGCUGCUUUUCAGCCGCUGCCUCUGCUUCAGCUUGCAGGCAGGCAGCCUCGGCUUCUGCCUUGCGCUGUUCCUCAACCUCAAUCUGUGCGAGCUGAUCUUGGAUCUGCUUGCAGAACUCGGCAAUGGACUCGCCGGAAAGGCUGCGCCUGAUAAGUUUUCUGUUGCGCUUUACAGCGUAGGGCAUAAGGACUGGAGGUCCUUUGGACGCGCAGCACUGGACAUGGAGGCCAAGCUCCACGUUCAGGCCCCCUCCAGUGACAGGAGAAAAGGCGCCUUCCCUCGCGGUGGUAGAAAGGGAAAGGCGACCUUUGCUUAUGCGGGCUCUGGGUCAGCCUCUGACACAGGAUCCCAGCCUGUGCUUCAACAGGAUGAUGGGAAUGGUCUACGGCCCGUGGAGUACAUGAGCAAGAAAAUCAAAUCUCAAAAGCUUCAGGACUCCACCUACGAGAAAGAGUUGUAUGCUCUUGUCAGUGCCCUGAAACAUUGGAAGCACUUUCUCCUGGGAAGACACUUCAAGAUCUUCUCUGAUCAUUCCACUCUACAGUGGUUGAAGUCCCAGGGAGAGUUAAAUGAUAAGUUGGCAUGCUACAUUCAGUUCAUCGACAUGUUUGACUUUGAACUGAAACACAAGAAGGGUUGCUACAAUAAAGUAGUUGACGCCCUCUCUCGUAGGCCUGAUUCUUUUGCGCAGAUCUCCUCUACUCAUUCCUUUGGAGAGGAGUUUCGUCAGACCAUUGCUCGCUUACUGCCUCAGGACCCGACUUAUGGACCCAUUGUCAGGAAUCUGCAAGGAGAUCCCAAUUCUGAACCUGGCUUUGCCACGAGUUCAGAUCUGUUGUACACUUACAACAGAGGAGAGGAGCGCUUGUGCAUUCCUGAGGAUCAACAGCUUAGGACACUGCUGAUGUCAGAGUGCCACGAUGCGCGUGGACACUUUGGGUUCUUGAAGUCGUAUGCAGCCUUGUCGCAACGCUUUUUCUGGAAGGAGAUGCGGAGUGAUAUGUUGCGCUAUGUGGAAACCUGUGAGCUAUGUCAGAGGAAUAAGGUUCAGCGGAAACCUCCUCUGGGAUUGCUCAAGCCCUUACCCAUACCUGAUGGUCCUGCUCAGUCUGUAUCCAUUGACUUUACAGACUUAGGCAAGACCACCCCUCGUGGCAUGCGUCAGGUCAUGGUCUGCGUUGACAGGUUUUCCAAAUACGCAGAGUUCAUCCCCUUGCCAGAGGUAGCGAGGGUCCCGGCUGUGAGAGCAGCCUUCUCUGAGAGGUCACGUCAUUACAUGGUGCUCACCCGCGCAAAGACAAGUGCCAUGGAUCAGCAGCCGAGAGAGACUACCGAGGCCUAUGAGACCUGCAUGCUGGACAUGGUAGCAGAGGUUAGGCAACAGGAAGCUGCGGCAACAUCCGCACGUAAGAAGGAAGAUGAGGAAGAAGAGGAACAGCGUCGCCUCGCUGAACAACAGCAACAGGAGGAUGCCGAGGCAGCAAGGAAGGCCGCAGACGAACGCCGUCGACUACGUCGAGACAAAAUCCUCGAAUCUGAGGGGGACAUCAAGGUGAUCACCAGCGAAUGGGCAGUGGUUGCUGAAGAGGAGGAUCCCCCCCCUGCUGUGCAUGGCCUUGCAACCACAAUCGAACACGUGAACGACUUGGUCCCCACCUGUGCAGCACAGCAAGAGGACAUCCUCUGCGUGGACACCCUGGUCCGGAAGCAGGCUCGACUUAUCAACAAACUACUUGACCGGGUACACCGGCUGGAACAGCAGCCCACAACAGCCACCCCCGCCGGACCUUACAACCUGACGGACCACGUCAACGUCUUGGAAAUCGACGUCGGGACUCUCAAGGACGGUGCUCUAGCGACAAAUCAGCAGAUUGACCAGCAGAUUUGUGCCGCCGCAGCCCGUCCGACCGCGACUACUCGCGAGAGCAUCCCAAAGUUUGAUGGUCUGCCGAUCUUCUGCGAUGCAGCGAACACGGACCCGAUUCCAUGGUGGCGCCAGUUCGAGUUGAAGUUGGGCAUUCACCACGUCAGCAACCCGAACCGGCACGCAUACUUAUACUCCUGCUCAGGGGGCGCGUGCCAGGCAUGGCAGGACGACAUAUUGUCCACGCACACCGUCACAGUCUCCGAGCUGCAUAUGAAGAUCAGCUGGGCUGAUCUCAAGGCAGCAUGGCAUAAGCGGUUCCAAGUGGAGCCGCCCGAGCCGCGGGCAGCCAAGAAACUUCAACGGUUCUAUCAGAACGACCUGCCAAGCACGGACUGGAUAACCGAGUACCAACGCUUGGCACGUCUCGUCUAUAGCCAGACAUCGGAGGAUCAUCUUGAGCACCUUCGACGAGUGUUGGAGACGCUCCACCGCGCCAAGUACAAAGCCAACCGCGACAAGUGCGAAUUUGUCGGGCAAGAGUUGGAAUACUUGGGCCAUUUUGUCACACCGGAGGGCAUCAGUCCGUUCUCAGACAAAAUUCAAGCCAUCCAAGAGUGGUCAGAGCCGCAGAACGUCACGGAUGUCCGUUCAUUCCUUGGCCUUGCCAGCUACUAUCAACGUUUUACCAAGGGAUACUCGAAGAUUGCGGCCUACUUGACCAAGCUUCAAUGCGAGGAGCGGUCGUUUGACUUCAGCGAGGAUGCGCGGGAAUCAUUUUUGGCUCUCAAAGUCGCGCUAUUAUCUGCGGAGCUCUUGCGCAUAUACGACCCGCUAUUGCCAACGCGCAUCACUACGAAUGUGUCCGGCUAUAGCAUUGGUGUCGUCCUCGAACAACACGAUGGCAUGGACUGGCACCUGGCCGAGUACUUCAGCAAGAAAGUGCCCGUCGUGCACUCCAUUGAUGAUGCACGCAAGAAAGAGCUCCUAGCCUUCGUCCACUCGCUCAAGCGGUGGAGGCACUUCCUCCUUGGUCGAAGUCAAUUCCGAUGGGUAACGAACAACAAUCCGUUAGUCUUCUACAAGACCCAAGACACCUUCAAUAGCACCAUCGCCCGUUGGAUGACUUUCAUCGACCAAUUCGACUUCUUUCCUGACCACAUUCCGGAGAAGUUUAACCGUUUUGCAGAUGCUCUUUCACGACGUGCGGAGCAUUGUACCGCAGUCUAUUCGACCUUCGAGAUCGACGACGACCUGCGGGGCAGCUUCAUCCGCGGCUACCAAGCCGACCCCGAGUUUCGCGAUAAGUACGGGAAUCGCUCCUCUCCUAAUUCGGCGCCUUCUCACCACCGGAUCCAAGAGGGCUACUUGCUUGUCCACACGUGGGGGAAGGAUCUUCUUUGCAUACCGAGUAACUCUCACUUGCAAUACACGGCUUCUUGGCGAGUUCACGAGCGCUUUUGGUGGUCCGACCUUCUCGGCGACGUCACACGCUAUUGCGAGUCAUGCAGGGUUUGUCGACGCUGCAAAUCUCGCAACCAUCGUCCGUACGGCGAGUUGCGACCAUUACCGGUCACCUUGCACCGAAGGGAAGCGAUUGCCAUGGACAUUAUUGAGGCGUUCCCCAAGCACAAAACCGGUGUAGAUGGGAUUCUCACGGUGGUCGACCGACUCAGCAAGUUCGCCAUGUUUUUGCCUUGCCGCUAUCAUGCCAAGGCACCGGAGUUGGCCGAGGUUCUUUACGCCGGUUGGAUUCGAACCAAGGAUUACCCCAAGGAAAUCGUUUGCGACUGCGACACUCGGUUUAGGUCCGAUUUUUGGUUGGUGCUCAUCAAACGAUGGGGCUCAUCUCUCAAGCCAAGUUCGGCUCGCCACCCCCAAACAAAUGGCCAAACGGAGAGGGUGCAUCAGACCGCACAGGUUCUCCUUCGCACUCUCAUUUGUCCCGACCAAAAGGAUUGGGCCGAGCGGUUGUCAGAUGUUGAGUUGGCAUACAACUCGUCCAUCCACCCGGCUAUCGGGAUGUCGCCCUCCAAGUUCGAGCACGGCUCGCCGGUCACUUCUCCGUUGGACACAAUCAUUCCACAAGCGGCCGAGAGCAACGACCAUCUUCUUUUCUUGCAUCAGAUGCAAGAGCUACUUGUCAAGGCACGCGACCAGAUGGCUAAGACGCAGCAAGGCAUGAGCCAACAUGCCAAUCGCCUGUGUCUUCCUUGUUCAUUCCUUGCAAGUGAUCUCGUUUGGGUUUUCGCCGAGGAGUUCAUCGUCGAACAAGAUAUCUCUUGCAAGCUCCUCCCGAAAUGGAUGGGGCCCUGGCCCAUCGUGGCACCCCCUGGGGAUGCACCUGAAGGACCUUCCUUCACCAUUCAGGUGCCCGCCCACUUGCCCGUCUACCCGAUCUUUCAUUGCUCCAAGUUGGCUCUUUACACGCCAGCGGAACAUGACGAUUUUCCCGGGCGACGAUCACAGGACCCACCCUCUAUGGACGGUGUUCAAGAGGUCGGCAACAUCAUCUCCUUGUAACGCUACGGCAACUGGCCGACCGAAUGAUUGGUACACUUUGCGUACUGCACCCACAAAGA